AAUUCGAUGUGUUUAGACAAUAAAGAGUACUGCUUGUUUAGUGGGAUGGUUUGCGAUACUAUUUAGCCCUUGACAAAACGCUCGGCAGUUAGCAGUUUGAUACUGGUAGAUUUUGUUCAGGUUAUUAUCAGCAAAACGUGUUUAUGCGUUGGUUAGGUUAAAUCAAUUUCAUUGUGUAAACUAAUUCCUGACCGCUGACAUUCUGAAGUAGCGUUUGCACAAGAUAAUACGGGUCCCGAUUGUUAGAUGGAAGGAUAAGCUGGCUAAUUAGCAUUAGCUAACGAAAACGAAUUAAUUUUGCUUGCCUCACUAGUGGCGGUCAUAGACGUCAUCGCCUAUGAAUUUGUAUAAUAUUACUAAUGAAAUCGAUUAAUUCAACUUGAGGACCGUCAAAACCAGAUCUUCGUGAUUUAUGAAAUGCUUUCUGAAGGAAGUGGCGAUUUCCUGUGAAACAUUCGUCUAUUUUAUGACCGGGAUUCCCAAGGUCUAAUGUCUUUAAUAAGGCAGAGGAAAAACCCUGGAAAUUAGUAUUUUGAAGCUGUCGGGUCUAUAGGGCGAAAUGGUUUAAGGCUGGAGGAGCGAGCUGGCCGUCGGUGUUGAUGCUUGUGCAGUCAGUGCUGUGAAAGAACGUUGUAAGCAACAAAUGAAUUAAGGGGUUAAGAAACGCCCAAAAUGUCCAAAAGUAAGAACUCGGAGUCUGUGAAGGUGGUGGUGCGAUGCCGACCAAUGAAUGAAAAGGAGAAGGCAGCCAACUUUGAGAGGGUUGUGUCAAUUGAUGUGAAAUUGGGGCAGGUAUCUGUGAAGAACCCAAGGGGCACUGCCCAAGAACACCCGAAGGUAUUCACCUUUGAUUCGGUCUAUGACUGGAACUCUAAGCAAGUGGAGCUGUAUGAUGAGACGUUCAGGUCGCUUGUGGAAUCUGUCUUGCUGGGAUUUAAUGGCACAAUUUUUGCCUAUGGCCAAACAGGCACUGGGAAAACAUACACAAUGGAAGGGGUGCGUAAUGAUCCAGAGCGGAGAGGUGUCAUUCCAAACUCUUUUGAGCAUAUUUUCACACAUAUAUCACGGUCACAAAACCAGCAAUAUUUAGUACGGGCUUCUUACCUGGAAAUCUACCAAGAGGAGAUUAGAGACCUUCUGUCGAAAGACCAGACUAGGCGCCUAGAAUUAAAGGAGCGUCCAGACACAGGAGUUUAUGUCAAAGAUCUGUCUUCCUUUGUUACAAAGAGUGUCAAAGAGAUAGAGCAUGUAAUGAAUGUGGGAAACCAAAACCGGUCAGUUGGGGCCACAAACAUGAACGAGCAUAGCUCCCGUUCUCAUGCCAUUUUUGUCAUCACCAUCGAAUGCAGCGAGAUCGGCCUGGAUGGGGAGAACCACAUCCGUGUCGGCAAGUUGAACCUUGUGGACCUGGCAGGCAGCGAAAGGCAGACCAAGACAGGGGCUCAGGGGGAGCGGCUGAAGGAAGCGACCAAGAUAAAUCUUUCUCUUUCUGCACUGGGAAAUGUUAUAUCUGCACUGGUGGAUGGCAAGAGCACCCACAUUCCAUACCGUGAUUCGAAGCUGACACGACUUCUGCAGGAUUCACUGGGGGGGAAUGCCAAGACUGUGAUGGUGGCCAAUAUUGGUCCGGCCUCUUAUAAUGUGGAGGAGACCCUGACUACCCUGCGAUACUCUAACCGUGCAAAGAACAUAAAGAACAAGCCCCGUGUAAACGAGGACCCGAAGGAUGCACUUUUGCGGGAGUUCCAGGAGGAGAUUGCCCGUCUCAAAGAGCAGCUGCAGAAGCGUUCUGGCAAGAGGAAGAAGAGGAGGAGGAGGAAGAGGUUCGGGGAAGGUGGGGAGGAACUGGAGGAAGAGGAGGAAUAUGAUGAUGAGGAUGAUGACGGAGCUGAUGGGGCUGAUGGGGAAGAGAAGGAGGAUGCUGACUACUGGCUGGAACAGCAAGAGAAGCUUGAGAAGGAGCAGAAAGCCAUCAUGGAGGACCAUAGUCUGGUGGCAGAAGAGAAGCUGAAAUUGCUCCGGGAAAAAGAGAAGAAAAUGGAAGACCUCAGGAGAGAGCAAGAAGCUGCAGAACUGCUGGCAGCUAAAGUGAAGGCUAUGGAGAGCAAGCUUCUGGUUGGAGGGAAAAAUAUUGUAGACCACACCAAUGAGCAGCAGAAAAUACUGGAGCAGAAACGACAGGAAAUUGCUGAACAGAAACGCAGGGAGCGAGAGAUACAGCAGCAGGUGGAAUGUCGGGAUGAGGAGACGCUGGAGCUCAAAGAGACGUAUAGCUCCCUCCAGCAAGAAGUGGACAUCAAAACCAAAAAGCUAAAAAAGCUGUUUGCGAAGCUGCAGGCCGUGAAGUCAGAGAUCCAGGAUGCCCAGGAGGCGCACAUCAAGGAGCGACAGGAACUGGAACAGACACAGAAUGAGCUCACCCGGGAACUAAAGCUCAAGCACUUGAUUAUUGAGAACUUUAUCCCUAUGGAGGAGAAGAACAAAAUAGUGAACCGAGCAUUCUUGGAUGAUGAGGAAGACCAGUGGAAACUGAGGCCCAUCACACGCAUUCAGGAUAACCAGCAGAUGAUGACUCGGCCUGUGUCAGCAGUGGGCUUUAGGCGACCACUCAGCCAGCAUGCACGCAGGGCUAUGAUGAUGCGACCAGACGUGAGAUACAGGGCUGAGAACAUACUCCUGUUGGAACUGGACCUGCCCACACGUACCACUAAGGUGUACGAGGAGCCAGUCAUUGCGCCCAAGGUGGCAGCAGCUCUGGAGGACGCCCUGCGGGAUGAGGACGAGAUCCAGGUUGACGCCUCCACGUUCCACAGCACCGACCUGCUGUGCAGCAGUGCUAGCAGCGUGAGGAAGCCAAAGUCCAGCAGCCGUCCCAAGACUGGAAAAAAGGCGAGCACUCCCAGUUCUUCACAGAUUCCCUCCAGCUCAGGACAUCCCCUCUACCCACAAUCUCGUGGACUCGUACCCAAAUGAUUACUUGGGUUUCUCUAUUCUGGGGGCCCUCCGCUGUACAGAGAGACAUGAACGGACUGGUACAACAUCCCUGACUAAAACACAGGGCAAAAAACUCCCAAUACGGGAAAUUCAAAUUCUGCUUUUUUCCUUUGGUACACUAGAUUUCAAGGACCACAAUGGAGGCAAACUGUACAGGACUGUCACUCUGAAUUGUAGCCUCCCAAGUGUGUCUACUAUGAAUAGAAGGAGUUUUAUGUCUCAAGUUUAAAGUUCUGACCUUAAAUUGUCCUUGAAAAUGACUACAGUACAGUGUGUCAGGAUACACGCUUUCCCCGUUACUUGAAUCAGUGCCACGGUGCACAUUGUAAUGUUUUCCUGCUUAAAAGGACUGCGUUUCCUUGACAAGGUUUGCAUACAUUCUGAUGUUAUAAAAUGGCAGCACUGGUAACAGCUGCUGGCUGGGUCAAACUGCUUGUCCCUGGGCACUUUACAGUUUGACACAUUAAAGAGGCACUUUAAAAUAUGUCAAGUGCACACAUUGCAUAGGUGUUUGAAGUUACAAUGUUGGUGUAUUUUGUGUAAUAUGUGAUAUAGCUUACAUGCACAAUCCCAGGCUGAUUCUAAUGCUACUCCAAAAGUUGAUGAGAACUUGCUAGGGCAGUUCUGCUUUUACAAUAAUUUAGUGGGGCUAAAAGCAAAUUCAGCAGUCCAGAAUUAGGAUUGAUUUUCAGACGUUUAUUUAUACACACUUGAGCAAACGAUUCCUUUGCUUAAAUUUUUCCUUGAAGUUCAGGUGAAAGGACCAAGGGUUUCUCAGAAUAUAAAUUGCAAAUGCCGACUGUUUGGCAGGUGACUUUCAGGCUCAGUUAAGGUUUUUGCUUGAUGACAUGCAGAGCGCCAUUUCUGUUUUUUAAGCAGUUGCUUUCAGAACAUCUGGAAUAGGAUAAUAUGAGAGGGGAGAUAUACAUGAACGUUUCAAGGUGCCUUUAACUUCACUCCAUCAUGUAAGAAGCAAAUAUAUUUCAAAAGCGCAUUCUGGAAAAAAGGAAUGACUGGCACCGUCUUAAUAUGUAAUGGCGUUUUGCAAUUUGUCAAUUUGCGAAACCAGCAAAUUCGACUAAUGCUAGCUUACAAAAAUUUAGUGACCAGUAUCCAAGCAGCACAAUGUUUAGAAGACUAGUUAUCCAAUCUCCAUAUCACAAAGCAUUUUCAUUCCCUUUGCAGCUGAACAUCUUUGGUGCUGUCUAUCAGUAAACACCUCACUGCCAUGCAUUUGUUGGUAAUGUGUUUUAUGUAUUGUGAUUCACUACAGUUCCAGAAUGAGUUCUUGAAUUGUUUGCUUUGCCUUUCAUAUGGCGAAUACUGACACUCAAUUCAGAAUUUUUUUCCUACACCCUUACCUCCACUUAUUUCCAUUUAGUGCCACUGCUUGCUGCUAUUACACUGUAAUAACUCUAACAUUUACAAUGUAUAUAAUCUGUAAGAAUGCAUUGAUAGAUUACCCUUAAGGCUUUCAGUAUAUGUAAAACCUUUUCAAACAUUUGAUACAAAGUACCAAGUUUGCAGAUCUAGCUCUUAUUUUGGUAUUACCUGUUUAUUUUAUAACAUCGAAACUCAUUUUGUUGUAGGUUUUUAUUUUUCUUGGAGUAGACAUUUUAUGUAAGAUUUAAGUUAUGCAAUACUUGUAUAUUUUGCAUUUUUGAAAUGCAGAUAAAAGAAUAUUUUCAGAUUGUUAAAAAAAUGUUUUUAGCUUUACUUUGUAUAAAGUGCACAAAACCUUUUCCAGGAAGGUGGUCAACAGUUUUCAUUUGCAAUCUUGGGUAAUUAUUUAGUUUUGUCGACUUUAACAAGUACGCAUGCUUGGCUUCUUGCACACCUGAUUUGAGAAAAUAUACCCAUAAUUAGAGAAAUUGUUUCAACAACGAACCGGAAAUCACACCUUUUUUCUAAAUUAUGUGGAAAGUAAUUCUGUACAGCAUGAUUUCAUACAUUUACAUAUUAUUAUAACUUGACUGAAUAUGACUGAAAUGUGAAUUUAAAUUUUCAAACGCUACUGUAACAGUCAACCAUAUAGUCAUAUUCACUGAAUACAUAUUCCCUGGUUUAUGAAAUGCAUUUCCUAAAUGUCCUUUCUAAUUUAUACUGUGAUGAAUAGGACAAAUGUCCAUGUAUUUUCAUUUGUGUGGCUGACUGGGAAUGUUAGACUUGUCUUUUUACCCUUCAGCGCUUUUUGAAUUAAAGAUAUUAAAAAAAGUCCAAAGAUCACUUUUAUAAAUGU